CGGCAGCAGCUGUUGCUCAACUCCGAUCAGACCUGAAUGUUUCUGGUGAGUCAGAGGUUCAACAAACAGAACCAGCAGGAUUCAAAAGAUCCGACUGCCGGGCUGCAGGAACAUUCAGGAUCUUCAGAGAGGAAGAACGACAGAAGGAUGAAGAAGCUCAGUUUACUGCUCUGUCUGGUUUCUGUGGCCGUAACACAGGCUACGUUGUUGGACCCGAGAGGAGCCCGUCCGGUGGAACCGGCCACCAAAGACGAGAAAUGUGCCACCCAGAGAGAGUGGCCUGCCUGCUCAGACGACGACUGGUACUCAAAAUGCCCGUCGGGCUGCAGGAUUCAGGGCCUGAUGGAUAAAAAGGACCAUGAGCUGCUGAAGAAGAUCGCGAAGAUCCGCAGCCUGCUGGAUCAGCACAAGGCCCGGCACCGCUCCGUGGACCUGGUGUCCAAGCAGACCUACGACAUCCUGACGGAGAAACUCACCCUGAACUCCGGAAAUGACAACAUGUACUACAACCUGGCCCAGACGCUGCGUCAGCGGAUCACUGAGAUGAAGGUCCGGAUCGACAGGCAGCAGAAAGCUCUGGCCGCGCUGAAGAGUCGGGUCAAAGACCAGGUGGUGGAAAUGCAGAGACUGGAGGUGGAUAUUGACAUGAAGCUGCGCUCCUGCAAGGGAUCCUGCGGCGCCCACACCGUGUACCAGGUGGACCGGGACAGCUACGUGACUCUGAACAAACAGGUGAACCAGCUGGACGCCCAGGUGGCCCAGAGCGUGGAAACGGUGGGGACGCUGUACGUGAUGAAGAGCCGGCCGCUGCAGAACGUGAUCGUCGACUCCAGGUUCAAAUCCAAGGACGCGGCGGCUCAGCGGAGGGAGGACCUGUUCUCUCAGGUGAAUACUGUUCAGUUCAUCCUGGAGGAGGAAGGCUCCAGCUCAUCUCCAGCCACCGUCUCCAAGGUCCCAGGUACUUCCCACUCAACGUCUCCCCCCUCACUCUCCUCCUCCUCCGGAUCCUCGUCUAAAUCCAUCACGGAGCUCUCAGGACGCGGCGACAGCACAGGACACCUGGGCCAGCCCAGCGUCAGCCUGAGCACCAAAACCAUCAGCUGCACCAAAACCAUCAGGAGGACGGUCGUCCACACCAAAGACGGGCCGGUGGAGCGGGUGGAGGAAGUGGGCGGCGGACCCGAAUGUGACGGGAUGGGUGGCUUCACAAAGGGUGGGAUGGGCUCCUUGUUCCCAACGCUCACCGGGUCGUCCUCCUCUUCAUCCUUCUCUUCAUCCUCCUCUUCUUCCUCCUCUUCAUCCUUCCACUCCGGUGGAUCCAAGGGAAGCAUAUUGGCGGAUUCUAAAUCCGGGUUGAACCCGUUCGAAGCCGACUUCGGCGCGUUCAUGACCGACAACACAGAGGACGACGUUCCUGAUUUCCAUGCUCGCAGUGUGAAGAGCACGGUUGUGGAUCGGCAGGCGGGCUUUGUAGGAACAGAUUGCGUCGACUCCUACCAGAAGCACCUGAAAGGUGAAGCGAACGGUCUUUUUAGGAUCAAACCUGCCGGCUCCGCGGCGGCCGUGGAGGUCUACUGCCAGCAGGAGGGCAUAAUGGGCGGGUGGUUGUUAGUCCAGCAGAGAGAGAGCGGCUCCGUCAGCUUCAACCGCACCUGGGCCGAGUACCGCGACGGCUUCGGCUCGGUGGACGCUCUGGGGAAGGGGGAGUUCUGGCUGGGCAACCAGAACCUCCACCUGCUGACCAACCAGGGGGAAACCAUGCUGAAGGUGGAGCUGGAAGACUGGGAGGGGGGCGUAGCCACGGCUGAGUACACGGUUAGGGUGGGCACCGAGGACGACGGCUUCCCCCUGCAGGCGUCCGGGUACACCGGAGACGCCGGGGACGCUCUGGCGUCCCACAGCGGCGUCAAGUUCAGCACCUUCGACAAAGACAACGACGGGUCGGGGGAGAAUUGUGCGGAGGCGUACGGCGGCGGGUGGUGGUACAACAGCUGCCAGGCGGCUAACUUAAACGGGAUUUAUCACAAAGGAACAUACGACCCAGAAACAAACACACCUUACAAAACUGCGAACGGCGUGGUGUGGCCCACGUUUAAACCGGCCACUUACAGCCUGAAGGCGGCGCGGAUGUUCAUCCGACCUGCGACCUUUUGAUCCAAACCAGGGCUGGUAAACUCAUGUUGGGCCAAAACAGGAUCAUGAAUGUUCUCAAAGAUAACUUACAUCAAGUAAAAUAGCUUUACUCAAGGCUGAGGCAGCAGAGUAGUAGAAGUAAGAAAUACUGCCACCUGCAGGUGGGAGUUAGCAUCACUUAAACCCAUUUUUGCAGAAAAUUUGCAAUAAACUCACAGUUGUGCAUUAGUCCAAAACAUGCAUGGAUUUGUUGAUUUUGCUUAAAUUUCUGGAGGAACUGAUUGAUGUAAUUUUGCGUCUGGAAACUAAAGGACCACAUAAAACAGUAACGUGGGCCGGAUUUGGCCCCCGGGCCUCCAGUUUGACACAUGAUCCAAUCACUAAACCUCAUAAACAUCUAGAAGUUUGUCCAGUUACUGCAUGAAAACAGAAAUGAGGAUGUGACUGACGGUUCACCUGAUGGUGAUUCAUUCAACACAACGUUACCCAAUGAACUGAACUGCAUCGAUCUGUUAUCUGAACUGUCCAAUGUUCCCAAAGUGACCCAAUGUUCUCCAUGUUGUUAAACUCUGUGAGGAUCAGAGGAUGAAAUCUGAUCAAUAAAUAAAGAUUCUGUGUUCACUUCA